UGUAUUGUUUAUGUUGCAUUCGGUACAGUCUUCGAAGAUGGUGGACUGAAAGAUCAUCUUUUGGAAAUGUUAGAAGAAUUUAAAAAAUAUGGCAAUUGUUUAUUUAAAGUUAGAAUUGGAAAAAAUGAGAUAACAAAAACAUAUAAAGCAGAUAAUAUAGAAUUUUUGGAAGGAUUAGCCCCACAGCAAGAAAUAUUAGGUAUUGUUUUAUUGGAAAAUUAA